AUGUGUAGGAAUGAAGUUAUCGGAGAUCCCCUUGUUGCUAAUUUGAUGGAAAGGGACCAUAACGAAAGCUCCCCGGAAAACUCCACAUCCCAUGGCGGCGGCGGCGGCUACACCCCUCCCAUGACUCUCACCAACACCCCUGACGAUGUCGUAGUGUCGUCUUCCUUCCCAGUGCCUCCUACGAUGACAUUCGACAUGGCCCCAUAUUCUUCGCCAGAGGCUUCUGGGAGGAAGAGAGGUCGAGCCGAGCAACAUGUAGGAGGGUCGAGUUGUGGCAGUGGGCAAAAAGGGAAGAAAAAAGGAGAAUUGAUUGACCCACCCUCGACCGACCCGAAAUGUGCCACUUGUGGCAAGGCUUUCGGGUCGUGGAAGGCGGUGUUUGGGCACUUGCGAUCGCACCCUGAGCGGGACUAUCGCGGUGCCUUCCCACCGCCAAAAGUUUGGGAGGAGAUGCUUCAACAAGAAGCUAGACAAGGUAGUAGUGGGACGACGAUUGGUUGCAGUGUUGGAGGCGAGAUGGGGAUGUCUCCUCCGUCCGGUAGGGGUAUCGGAAUUGAUCUUAACGACCCAGACGAGCAAGGGGCUCGUAGGGAGGGAUUCCCUUUUGAUCUCAAUAUGCCUGCGCCGGAGAAUGAGGAGGACGACGACAAUAAUGAAAGUUAA